AUGAUCCCAGUGCCGAAUUUUGAGGUCAAGAGGAUUCUAAGUGGAACGCUUUCUUCGGAACUUGAUCCCGGAACGACAGCUUUGUUGUUCACGGUUCAAUAUCUCGAGAGAAAAUCGAGAAGUCGGAAGUUGAGGCAAAAUGAAGACACAAAAUCAGAAUCGCAAGCUUCUAUGAGUAGGAUCCUUGGGGAUCUCGCAAAGCACGGUGGUGGUGUUACUCACGGUUUAAGUCAGGGUGAUAUGAAAACCGUCAGUGACAAGAAGUUGGCUGUUGAAGAGAGCCAACAACGCAUGUGGAGGGAGGCAGAGAUUCGUGGAGAAGAAUGGAAAACGCUGUUCUUUCGGAAGAAGACUGACGAUGAACCCCUGAACAGUUUGUAG